GCAGAGAGACCACAGCAGAGAGACCACAGCAGAGAGACCACAGCAGAGAGACCACAGCAGAGAGACCACAGCAGAGAGACCACAGCAGAGAGACCACAGCAGAGAGACCACAGCAGAGAGUCACGGCAGGAACAAACGUCUGGAACAACAUUUCUGGAACAACAGCAUCUCUGAGUCCACUGCUCUCAGCUUUCCCAUGUUGAUUCUCAGCCUCCUGCCCCUCCUCCUGUUGCCGGGCCAUGGUUGCCAUGCCGCUGACAUUCCGGAGGACACCACGGCAGAGUUCUCCGUCAGACUCUACCACCAGCUGCAGGCGCGGGGGGGGGAUGACAACAUCAUCUUCUCCCCCCUGAGUGUGGCUGUGGCCCUUGGCAUGGUGGAGCUGGGGGCCCGCGGGGCCUCCCUCACACAGAUACGCCAGGCUGUUGGCUUCAGCCACCUACCUACAGAUGAGGAGUUCUCUCUGCUCCAGAACCUGACAGGGGCUCUGUCUGAAGACGACGCCCACUACAUCAUCCGAUUGGCCAACUCCCUCUUCCUGCAGAGUGGCGUGACCUUUAACCCGCAGUUCCUGCGGCUGAUGAGGAAGUACUUCCGGGCGGAGGUAGAGACUGUGGACUUCAGCGAAUCAGCCGCCGUGGCAGAGCAGAUCAAUGGCUGGGUGGAGAACCACACUGAGAGUAAGAUCCGUGACUUGUUGUCAGCUGAUGAUUUCAGCAGUGUGACCCAGCUGACCCUGGUCAACGCGGUGUACUUCCGGGGCAGCUGGAAGAACCAGUUCAGACCAGAAAACACCAGAACCUUCUCCUUCAGCAAAGACGACGGGAGCGAGACCCAGACACACAUGAUGUACCAGCAGGGAGACUUCUACUAUGGUGAGUUCAGUGAUGGUUCAUCCGAGGCAGGUGGUGUGUACCAGGUGUUGGAGAUGCCCUAUGAAGGAGAGGACAUGAGCAUGCUGGUGGUGUUACCCAGACAGGAAGUCCCCCUGGCAGUCCUGGAGCCAAUCAUCAGAGCCCCUCUCUUGGAGGAGUGGGCCAACAAUGUCAAGAGGCAGAAGGUGGAGGUCUACCUGCCCAGGUUUAAGGUUGAGCAGAAGGUAGACCUGAAGGAGGCUCUGCAGGAUCUGGGCAUCAAGAACAUCUUCAGUAAAGACGCUGACCUCUCUGCCAUGACAGACGGUAAGGACCUGUUCAUUGGAAAGGCGGUGCAGAAAGCCUACCUGGAGGUGACCGAGGAGGGGGCGGAGGGAGCUGCAGGAUCAGGAAUGAUAGCCCUCACCAGGACUCUGGUUCUGUACCCUCAGGUCAUGGCUGAUCACCCCUUCUUCUUCAUCAUCAGAAACCGCAGGACAGGUUCUAUCCUGUUCAUGGGCAGGGUUAUGACACCAGAGGUCAUUGAGCCUACCGACUUCGACAAUGACUCCGUGUAACUAUGACGACGACCAAUGGGAUUCCAGUGUGCUGCUAUCCUGCUAUGAGGUCAUAUGCUCAAAGCCAAUCAGAUCCAGGCAAAACGACGCCAUAAACACAACCUUUCCUCUCCCCAUCGUCGGCUGUGUUUUUAUACUCUUAUCGAGAAUAUACAUGAUUCCUAUUCUAUAUUCUAUAUUCUAUUUGAUAUAUAUUGAUAUAUACAAAUAAUGUGACUGUGUUUUGAUACUGUAAGCUUUAACCACUUGGUAAGAGAGAGGGAGAGAGAGAUGUAAAUAUAUAUAAAGAAAAGUGAAAUGGUUUCUAUGGUCUAUUGGAUCAGUAGACAUCUGUGUACUGCCCCUUUAAUUUCACUAGCCACACACACACACACACACACACACACACACACACACACACACACACACACACACACACACACACACACACACACACACACACACACACACACACACACACACACACACACACA